CAAAAACAACGGUUUCUCCUUCCUCUCUCCGAGACGAUAUUUUCCUUUCCCAGACGAUAUUUCUUCUCGUCUGUGUCGAGAAUGACGAAUCGCGAAGAAGAAGAGGCACAGUACGAAUCCUUUCUCUCAAAAGUCCGUCGCACCGUCUACGUCGACGAGCUCACUCCACUCGCCUCCAAAUCCGUCGUGGAAUCCGCCUUCAGCCAGUUCGGGACCGUCAAGGAAGUGAUCUUCUUACCAAACUACCUAGGCCCCAAGGAGCUCCCCGCAUGUGUUCUUGUUGAGAUGGAGUCUGAGCAGAAGGCGAAGGCUGUGAUUGAGACCGUCUCUCAGUUCCCUUUCAUGGUUGCUGGGAUGCCGAGGCCCGUUAGAGCCUCUGCUGCCAGGCCCAACAUGUUUAGUGAUAGGCCCAAGAAGCCUGGGAGGGUGAUUCAGUUUCGGUGGAUGGAUCCGAGUGAUCCGGAGUUUGAUAAGGCCCAGAGGGUUAAGAGGAUUGUUAAGAAACAUUCCGCUGAAGCUGCGUUUAUGAUUAGGAAACAGUUGGAGGAAGCGGAGGAGUUGGCGAAGCAGCAGGCUGAGACGGUGACGACACAUCACAAGAAGUUUGAUUUGAUUGAUAAACUUACGGUAGAGGGUGUUGCUCAGAAGCUUGCGGGACGUUACAACAUGAAGUGUGGUCCUUCUCAUCGCUAGAGAGAGAGAGAGAGAGAGAGAGAGAGAGAUGUCAUCUUUUAGUAGAACUUUGUUGAUUCUGACUAG